UUCUACCGAAGAUUUAGAAAAUGAAGAUACCAUUACCAAUACCUUGAAUCAGGAAGUGCAGGAUACAUCUUUUAUUGGAAUUGAUGCCUCCAAUUUUUCAAUGUUGCCUGACAAUGGCUAUUCAAAUAUACCUCCUGAUCAGAUGAGAAUGAUUCAAAACAUUAAUGCAUUAAUUGCAGAGUUGGCUAUGGAGAAGGGAGAGUUGGUUCAAACUUUGGCGUCUGGGUCAUCUCAUUGUUCUCAGUUGAAGGAGUUGAACUAUGAGUUGACCCGAAAACUUGAAGCUCAGACUCAGAGAUUAGAGUUUUUGACUGCUCAAAGUAUGGCUAAUGAGAAUAUCUCUGCAAGACAACCUGAUUCUCAGGAUGUCCGUGAGAACAUUCAAUAUGUCGAUGAAGGUCUACCUGGAGUUAUCUUUGUACUCCCUGAUUCUUACAUCGAUCCACAAAACAAGGAGUAUGGAGAUGUUGUUGCGCCUCGAGCUAAGAUGAAUCAGCAAAGGUCACGGCGUUUCAAGACUGCUAAGGAUGCAGUUGAGGAGUAUUUUGUAAUGACCCAACUACUCUAG